AUGGAUUCACUGGCAUUUGGAAUUAUGCUGACGAAGGAGGAACGUUACUACAGCAUCAAUGCCAUGAUCGUAGGUUUUGAGAAGAAUCUACAUACUUACAAAUGCAUACUUCAAAUUUCUUAUUUAAUUUGUUUGCAGAUAUGCGACAGUAAAAUGAGAAUACGCUACGUGAAUGCGCAGUAUUCUGGCAGCAACCAUGAUUCUCAUAUAUGGAAUGUCAGCAAUGCGCGAUAUUUUUUUAAGAAGAAGUACCUAGAUGGUGAACGAAACACAUGGCUUUUGGGAGACGCUGGAUACGCCCUAGAGCCAUGGCUAAUGACACCCUUCCGAUCACCUCCAUCGGUAAGUCCUGAAGGUAACUACAAUAAAGUGCAUGCGAAGGCUAGAAAUAUUGUAGAAAGGACCAUUGGUGUAUUUAAAAACCGAUUUAGAUGCCUUCUGGGUGCUCGUGAGCUUCAUUAUGAACCCUCGAAAGUAUGUCAAAUAGUUAACGUUGCUGCAGCGUUACACAAAAUUUGCAUUCACUAUCGCGAAGAAGCAAAAGUAAAUCGAAAGCGUGUAUCAAAUUUCACUGCCGAUGAAAAGGCUAUAUUAGGGCAACUAAUAAAGAAGCGGCCUAUUAUAGAAUCGAAGCAUACGGAUGGAAAAUCAAUUUUGAGAAAGAAAGAAGCUUGGGAUUUGCUUACGAAUGAGUUCAAUUCAAAUUCGAAUGUCUACAAGAGCAUAGCUCUGGAUUUCGAGCCCGCCAAACUUGAAAAAGCUAUCUUCAAUUAA